AUGCCGCAUCUCGAACUGGCUGUAGCUGUCCCCUCUUUCAUCGGCUCAUUGACGUCCUGCUUGGCCACCACGAUAUUCGGCGUCUUAUACUUCAUUUACCCACCGGAACGCCAUUUUCGACAAGCUCUGGUUGUGAACUUGCUCUUGGCUGAUUGGAUAAACUCCCUGAACAACACUAUCUCUGGCGGGAUUGCGCUAUCGGAAAGACAUCGCGAAGAUUACUUCACUGCAGGAGCUGCAUGCACCACGAAUGGCUGGAUAGGCCAAUUCUCGGUUCAGGCCAUCGACUUUAACAUAUUGAUCAUCUCCAUCACGGUCCUGAUCACGGUUCGCAAGAACCGGUUCCAAUUCCAACCGAGUUGGCUAAAGACAUUGUCCGUGUGUGCGAUUCCGUGGCUGUUCCCACUCAUCACCAGCAACAUUGCUCUCGGCCUCCACGGUUACGGGCCUGUCUCAGGCAACUGGUGCUGGAUCAAGAAGGACCGUCAAGAUCUUCGAUGGGGUUUGACGCAUGGAUGGAGAGUUGCCAUCUUCAUCGUGACAGUCUCCAUUUACACCUAUGUCUACAUCUACCUUGCAAGACAUUAUCGUGGGGUAUCGAGUGUCGGCUCGCAGGCAAGUGAGCGGGAACUUCAUUCGUCUAGCGAGCAAGAAUUGAGUCGCAUGGGCAAUUCAAAAGAGGAUGACAAGAAGACUCUCAUCCAAACUACAUGUGCCCCAGCCUCCCCGAACCACAACACCACUGGUCGAAUCAAAAAGACUCCGGACUUGAGGAAGAUGCUUUUGCUGAAUGGGUAUCCCUUACUUUACAUUCUGCUUUGGCUACCUGGGAUGGCGAAUCGAGUCCACGAAGCCGCGACCGGAUGGUCUCCUGAAUGGUUGGUGGCAAUGCAAUCUUGCACUCAGUUCGUGGGACUUGGCAACGCCAUCACCUACGCUUUGAAUGAACAAUUUCGAGGACGUAUUCGAGACAGAAGUUAG